AUGAAGUUCAUCUUUCUUGUCUGUGUGGGCCUUCUCGUAGUAGCAGCCAAUGCUGUUGAACAGCAGGAGCAGGAGGAUGAGAGUGAACUUGCUGUAGCUGAAGAGAACAACGACGGUGUUGCCGUCUCAUUGGAGAAACUGGAGAGUGACGAUGAGAUUGAUACUGCCCUUGAGGCUACACGAGUGAAACGAGGAGUUCGAAGUCGCAAGGCUAUCCAGAGAUUCAAGCAUCGCCGCGCUCGUGCUCUACGCCGCCGACACGCCAAGAAUAUCCGUCGAGCUGCCGCUAAGCGAGCACGACACCACCGCCGCGCACGCAAGGUCCAUCGUCGUAUCGCCAGAAACCGCCGUCGCCAAAGACUCGCCCGGGGAUAA